AUGGCUGUCGUUACAGAAUUUAGGCAAAGAAGGAAGAAGGGACUAAAGAUAACAAAGUUGUGGUUAUGCAAAACUAUGAAGCACAGAAUUCAGGAUAUUUAUGGAACUGAGAGGGCCACCAAGUUCAAAGCAAGUAACAAUUGGUUUCACCGAUUGAGGAAUCGAUACCAGAUUUCUCUGAGAAACAGAACAAAUAAGAAACAGAAGUCAGCUGAUGACUGCAGAUCAACUAUCCAAUCAUUCCAUAGGACACUAAGGAAAGCACUGAAAACACAGUGGCAACGGAUGCAUGGUAAAACCACAAUGGAUGCAAAGAGGGGAAGAUGGCUACCUGCAAAUAGGUAUAACAUAGACCAAGUACCUUUACCAUUUGCUGUGGAUCAAGGGGAAACCUAUGCAGAAACAGGAGAAAAACAAAUUUGGAUUUCCCAGCCCAUGAAUGGACUAGAAAAAAGACAGGCAACAUUACAGCUGUGUAUCAGAGCCAAAGGGGAGCAAACAGUUAAACCUGCAAUAAUUUUUCGAGGAAAAGGUAAUGUGACAUUGCAAGAACUGGCCAAACAUGACAAGCAUGUUGAUGUAUACUUUCAGAAAAAUGCAUGGAUGGACAAUGAAAUCAACCUUGAAUGGACAGAAAACACUUUAGUCCCAGGAGUAGCAGACAAGUCAAAGGAAAGUGUAAUUUUUGCUGACAAUGUAUCUUUUCAGUUAAGAAAAGAAUUUCAUGAAGCUUGCAGGACAAAAUGCAAUGCAGUUGUUUACAUGCUGCCAGAGUAUCAAACUGAUAAAGUGCAGCCUAUUGAUGCAGGAAUUGGAAGAUUCAUGAAGCUAAAAAUUGGAAAUGCUUUGGAUAAGUGGCUUGAAAUUGAUGAGAAGGUUGAGAAAUGGCAUGGCAAAAUGAGUGCAAAAGAAAGACGAAUUCUAAUGACAAAGUUGGCUGGUGAUGCAUGGGAUGAAAUGCAACAUUACAAAGAUAUUUUCAGGAAGGCAUUUAAGCGCACUGGCUGCCUUAUGACAGUGGAUGGAUCUGGAGAUAAUCUCGUACGUCCUCAGGGAAUUGAGCAUUAUGAAUUCUGA